AUGACACGAGGCUUCUCGACGUCGUUUGGGGAACCUCUUAGCGAUCUAUCAAAAAGAAUCGUCAAUGAAUUUGACACCGACUUUAACAUAUACCGUUUUGUGAUGGCAGCUGAAAGACUGCACAAGAAGGAGAAAGACAUAAUCGAAGCAUCUGCACGUUCACUGAACAAUCACCUAAGGACUCGAAAAGCCCUGGAUUUAGAUAAUGAACCUGUGAAGAGCUUCGAUGAGAAUCCAAUAUUCCAAAAAAAGCUGAUGCCAAAAGGAGAAAUUCUAACAACUCUUCAUGAUAGACAAAAUAGGCUGCUUUGGUAUAUUGAAUACGCCACAAUCAGUGUAGAGAGUAUAGCUCACGCACUGCAAACUUCGCAAGCAUGUAAAUAUCAAUUUUGGCAGUUCGAAUAUAUGCUACGCAGGGUCAUGGAACAGGAGGAGAAAACGGGACGACUCAGCUCAAUACGACACAUUGUCGAUAUGAGCGGCUAUGAAAUCAAUCCAUUUACAAUGAUUUUUGUUAGUAGUGGAACAUUGGCAUAUUAUUCCCAGCUUUUUCACUACGACAAUUAUCCGGAACUGGUCACUCCAGUUGACAUAGUGAACAUCGCAAAAUGGAUUUAUGUGCCAUACAAUGUCGCCAGGACAAUGAUGCCUACGGGUUUUUCCGAUAAAUUUCGCCUCCAUGACGGCAAUUUUUUGAAAGCCUUAACAGAAGAGAUUGAUGUAAAUUACAUACCAACUUCACUUGGAGGCAAGAAUAAGGAUAUAUCCUGUAUUGGAGCUGUUCGGGUACCACAGUGCGAAUACUGGGUAUGCGACAGUCCCGAGCUACUGAAUCAACUAGAAAGCUUCCAUAUUCCUGCUAGAAAAAGUCGUCACAUGACGAUAGAAAUCACGGACGCGAAGACAUUGAGUUGGUAUUUUCGAACUGAUGGAGACGUUUUCUUUGGAAUAUUUUACGAGGAGAAAUACGAUUUAGAAAAAGAUCGCCACUUGGAUCUCGACUCAUUAGAAAUGGUGUAUCCAUGGUUGAAGUUGACUGCAAAACUAGUACACGAAAAAGACUACAUAAAAUGCAAGAGGAGCGGAAGAUACUACAUCGUGUUUUCGAAUAAACACUCUUGGUUCUCUCGUCGGACAGUUGACGUUUCUGUGCAGAUCACUGAGAUAGAAGGGAAUCCGAAACGUCUUCACUUGGAUGGAACUCUGUCCCCAGCAACUGUUUAA